UCAAAUACGUUCUCUCACUCUCUUCUGUACAGCUCUCUUCUCUGUUCAGCUAUUGACAUGGUGCUGUCUGCAAGUUAACUUUUAUGUUUAAUAUGUCAUAUAAGCAAUGCAUUCAUUCUUUACAUUGCUACAAAUGCUCCCAUUCGCAACUUUUCUCUACGCGUUUCUAUUGUUGCGGUUAAUGGGCGGUCUUAUUCCACAGCUCGCACUUUCUCUCAGUCAGCUGUGGGCUGGACAGCAGCAGCACCAGUUGCUUUUUCUCUUUUCGUGGGCAGAAUGGCUCACAGAGGAGUUUUGGAUACAUCUCUGAACAUUUACAGGUAGUUCAUUCACACUGCAGAAACGUUUGUCUUGCAAACGCAUUUGGACACUAAUCUAGCUCCAUAUUAUUUUGCUUUGUUGUUCCAGAUCUGUUAUUUUGUGAGACUAACUGUGGCACGCGCAUGCAUUUGGAUAAUUGCAUGCAUACUUAAAAUACAUUAUCGCAAACACGCUGCGGAUUAUCAUGCGUGAGAACAGCGAUGCUCGUUCGUAAACAUUUGCAACUGAUGCAUUUUUCGUAAGUUUUUAUUUUUGCGCUGAAAUAACAUUCGGAUUCUAUUAUAAGUUUGGAUGUGAACGCAAAAUAAGGGAAAUACAAUGGCGAACGAUUUAAAGCCUCGGUUGUGUGUAAUGAAGAAAGGGGAGAAUGGAUACGGGUUUCAUCUGCACGGAGAGAAAGGAAAGAGCGGCCAGUACAUUCGGAAAGUGGAGCGCGCGUCCCCGGCCGAAGCGUCGGGACUGCGCGCGGGUGACCGCGUGGUGGAGGUGAACGGCGAGAACGUGGAGAGAGAGACGCACCAUCAGGUUGUGCAACGAAUCAAAGCUGUGGAACAUGAGACCAGACUGCUGGUGGUUGACCGGGAAACAGACGAAUACUUCCGCAGCCUGCGUCUAACCUGUACGGAGGAAAUGGCCAUCAGAGGGACCCCUUUAGCCAAGACCCCUUCCCCUUCACCCUCCAGCAGCAAACAGGGCAAUGGAUCCGUUUCCAAACGAAUAGAGAUAUCCAAACCCAUCAGGAAACCCCCAUCACGAGCUCCGAAGAAGGAAGUUCCACCCCCAUCGGAUGUGUCAACAUGGAAUCCAUCUGAGCUUCUACCUAGACUAUGUCACCUCGUCCGGUCUGAGACGGGUUACGGCUUUAACCUGCACAGCGAGAAGUCCAAACCGGGUCAGUACAUACGGGCUCUGGACCCCGGCUCGCCCGCUGACCGUGCUGGACUCAAACCUCAGGAUAGACUCAUAGAGGUGAAUGGAGUGAACAUUGAAAGUAUGAGGCAUGCUGAAGUUGUGGCCUUUAUUAAGAAAGGUGGUAACGAAACGCAUUUGCUGGUGGUGGAUCCAGAUACAGAUGAACAUUUCAAAAAGAUGGGCAUCACACCCACCAGCAUCCACAUCAAAGAUUUUGAUGAGUCCAUAACUAACGGCUCCUCGAGCCCACAUGUGAAUGGGACGUCCUCUCGAUCCACAUACUCAGACGGAAGCAGUCAGGACACAAAUACACCAAUGUCGAGGGACAGCAGCAGUCAUCUUCUCGACCCGUUUGAAGAAAUAGGUCUGUGUUUGAGCCCCACGGCCGCCGAGGCGAAGGAGAAAGCCCAUGCCAAGCGUGCUAAAAAGAGGGCGCCCCAGAUGGACUGGAACAAGAAACAUGAGAUUUUCAGCAAUUUCUGAAUCUCACAAAAACACACACACACACACACACACACACACACACACACACACUGGCACACGCCUGCCGUGACCCCCUAUGUAUGUUGCAUUCAAAUCCCUGGACAAAUGCUUUUGAUGAAAAAAAGAGGCACCUAUUUUUGUAGAAAAAUUUAAACUUAAAACCAUAAAAAGAUUCGAACUCGCCCGGAGCGGAUAAUUUCUGACAGCAAGAUUUCUGACUUAUAAAUGACUUUGGAUGCUCACUGACAGUCUCUGGAGUGAAAUGCACAGGUCAGACUGUUCAUACAGAGUGAUACUUUUACUGUUUUGUACUUCUGCGUUAUUAUUAUUAUUAUUUUUUUUUAUGUUGUUUAUAUGGCCACUUACAUAUCAUACAUUAACAUACAAAAUGGACUAGCAAAAGCCAAGUAAUACCAUAUUAUUUGGAACAAAAAAGCACAGAAAAAGGAACAAGAUCGUGUUAUCCCGCUAAGAAGGGCCAAAUUAAUGAAGCUCUUUUUAUGUAUUAAUUGUAUGUUUUAUCAUGUGAAUUAUCAUUGCUUAUGAAGGAAUAAGGGGAUUUUAUCUUUGCCAAAGACACACCCAUAAUCAACUGGAUUAGUCCGAUUGGUAUCUUUAUAGAUUAUUUUAUACAAAGCUUUGAAGGGACAUACCACUGUUGGGUAUAAAAUGGAAUGUUUCUCUAUAUUGCUGAGAUAAAAAAAAAAAAAAAAAAAAACAAA